AUGUCGUCCAUCUUUUACCAAUCUCACGCCCAAUCAUUCCCUAGGAAGAAAUCCCCCUCUUCCUCUUCCUCCUCGUCUUCAGAAAACAGUAGACGAAGAUACAAAUGUCCCAUGUGCUCAAAAUCAUUCUUCCGUCUCGAACACUGCACAAGACAUAUAAGGAUCCACACGGGCGAGAAACCGCAUCACUGUACGCAUUUAGGCUGCAACAAGAGGUUCUCCCGCUCAGAUGAAUUGAUCCGUCAUGUAAGAACCCAUGAACCUCUGUAUGACACUGAUCAAGAACAAGAUGUCCAUAUGGUGGAACACCAAUCUGCCAUGUCACACCAAAUCAGAUACCAUCCCUCUUCCGUUGCCGACUUCAGUCAGUCUCAGUUUCUGCACAGAACACCUCAUCACCCAUCAAACCAUAUCAAGCUGCCUCCCUUGAGAUCCUUCCCUCCUGUAAAGCCACAACCACUUGAAUGCAAUGUUUAUCAGGAUAAACCGGUUGUUUCUUUGUGUCUUAAGCCCAUGCAAUCUCUUUUUGAAUACAAAAAAUUGUUUAUGGAUAGUAGCAAUCAGACCUAUACUAGCCGCACUUGUGCUGCCUCUAUACCUCAAUUCGCACAACAUCAACAUCACCAGCAAUUCAAACCUGCACUAGCAGACAAGCCAGAGCCUUUGCCAUCCAUCCGCUCACUAUUAUUAUAA